UCAUAAAACCCACAAACUAUAAGAGCCAUCAAACUUAAAAAUUGAUCAAAAUGCCUUCUUCUUCAGUGUCAAUCAUCUCCAAUUGCAUUGUCUUCCCACAACACAAAUCCACAAUCAAGUCUCUAAAACUCUCUGUCUCUGAUCUCCCAAUGCUCUCAUGCCAAUACAUCCAAAAGGGUGUCUUACUCUCUCAACCACCACUCCCCAUCUCCUCCCUCCUCUCUCUCCUCCAACAUUCUCUCUCCACCACUCUCUCCCACUUCCCCGCCCUCGCCGGCCGCCUCUCUACCGACCCAUCUGGCCACCUCCACAUCCUCUGCAAUGACUCUGGCAUCGAAUUUGUUCACGCCGAAGCCAAACACAUCUUCAUCGACCACAUUUUAAGCCCUGUUGAUGUUCCCAAUUGCUUCAAAGAGUUCUUCACCUUCGACGACACUCUUAGCUACGCCGGCCACCACAAGCCCUUGGCCGCUGUGCAGGUGACGGAGCUCGGCGACGGAAUCUUCGUCGGAUGCACCGUCAAUCACGCCGUCACGGACGGCACGUCGUUCUGGAACUUCUUCAACACCUUCGCCGAGAUCUGCAGAGGAGCCAAGAACAUCUCCAAGUCGCCGGACUUUUGCCGGAACACCGUCUUCGAUUCUCCGGCGGUUCUCCGGUUCCCGGAGGGCGGACCGUCGGCGACUUUUUCCGGCGACGAGCCGUUGAGGGAACGAAUCUUCCAUUUCAGCAGAGAAUCGAUCCUGAAGAUGAAACUGAAAGCCAAUAAAAAACUAACCACCGAAAUUAUUGGGAAACAGUGUAACGACAGUUGGACGGUCACUAACGGCGUGAUUAACGGAAAUCGGACGGCUGAGAUUUCAUCGUUCCAGUCGCUCUGCGCUCAGCUGUGGCGCUCGGUGACACGCGCUCGGAAACUCGAUGGAAACAAAACGACGACGUUUCGUAUGGCAGUUAACUGUCGCCAUCGGCUGGAGCCGCGGCUCGACCCGUUGUAUUUCGGAAACGCGAUACAGAGCAUCCCGACCGUUGCUUCAGUAGGUGAACUCUUAUCUCGGGAUUUGAACUGGAGCGGGGAUCUGUUGCACCAGAAUGUUGUUGCGCACGACGAUGCUACGGUGCGCAGGGGGGUGAAGGAUUGGGAGAGUAACCCUAGGUUGUUUCCGCUAGGGAACCCCGACGGUGCAUCAAUCACGAUGGGUAGCUCUCCGAGAUUUCCGAUGUACGACAAUGAUUUCGGGUGGGGCCGACCCAUGGCGGUGAGGAGUGGUAGGGCCAACAAAUUCGACGGCAAGAUCUCGGCCUUUCCGGGACGAGAUGGCGGCGGAAGCGUUGAUCUCGAGGUGGUUUUGUCGCCGGAGACUAUGGCUGGUUUGGAGACUGAUAUGGAGUUCAUGCAAUGUGUAUCUUGAAGUGGGGUUGGUGACGUGGCAAGAUCAGAUGGUUGUUGUGUGACGUGUCAACAUCAGGUGGGGAUCUGUCAAACUUUGAUUGAGCCAAUGGACGGUUGGUGUUUAGAGUCAAACUUCAUUGACUCGAUGAUGAUGUUUUUGUCCUCUUUGCCGUUGUAAUGCUUAAUUACUAGCAGUUAUAAUUUGAGUAAUAUUAAAGGGUUAUUUGGUAUAAUUUAAA